AUUUUCAGGUAAAAUGGUUUAUGCUGGCGGACUACGAGCUCGCUCUGACGUAGCUGACGCCCAACAACAUAAGGUUCAUAAUAGGCUUUAUGCUGUUGUGUGCGAGGUUGGAGGUACCGGCCAAGGCGAUCGUGUUUAGGUCUCUGUUUCAAUGCCAGCUGUGUCCCAACUCCCGAGGCGCGAAGUGGUACUACCUCUCCGGGAGAGACAAGAGCCAGUUGUUCAAGAAUAUCCGGAACAAAGUGGCGAGGUGGAAAAGGCAAUUCAUUUUUGUUCGCGACAUGCGAACAGAGAGGAUAAGCAACGACCUUGCUGCCCAGCUAUCUGAAUGGCGUGUGCCCAAUGCACACGUCAACUACCCUCAAUUACUGCCACGGGACACAGACCUCAAAAAUCAGCUGCUGGACUAUGCGAGGAGGGAGAAUCUGAUAGAUCUAGACGCCCUGGUUUCCUCGGAGCAGCUCGCCGUGUUCGGGAGAUAUGAGCAGCAUUCUCGAAUGCCAACGUCAACGAGCACAGAUCUCACAAGCUCGUCCCAUCGAGGGUCCAGCUCAGCAUCUAGGCCGCGGGUUGAACACAGAGCUGAGGCUGCGGCCCCGAGUGCACGUAGGCGUGCACGCGAGGAGACUGAGAGCGAAGAAGAUGAGGUCCCCCUCGCUCGGCGCAAAACAAGCGAGGGGACUCAGCCCGCACAGGUGGCCCGUCCUGUAACUGUGCGUUCACCCAAUGCACCGUUAGCGACUGCGCAGGUAGCAGUAGAGCCCGCCUCUGCAUCGGCUUCGAUGUCGGGCCCCAAGAUUGCUUAUCCUGAGGGCUUCAGCUAUGUGCGGGCGGAGUGCCAGCCCGCCAUGGUGCAAGGCAUGCACAGUUUUGUGCCCCCGGCGGAUAGUCUACGGGCAAAAGCUUUUGUGCAGCAGCAUGGCGGCCAGGUCACCAUGAUCAAACUGAUGGAUGCAUUCAGCUACGUUGUAGCGCUCUACGAGAGCGAGCAGGAGGCUCAUUCACAGAACGGCGAGCUCGGUUCAAAAUGCAAACAACUGGCUGCUGAGAAGGCUAGCCUUAUGGACGAUGUGAAUCGUCUGCAAGGCUUUGAAAUGGCGAACCGAGCUGCGGUUGCAGAGAGUCGGGCGGAUGAGCUCACCAACAGAAACAACGAGCUCAGGGAGGAGUUAAAGCGCGCCCAUGCUGAAAGAGAGAGCGGGAUCCAGGCAGCUAGGGAGGAAGCCAUCCGGGUUGAGGAACGGGCCAAGAAGGCUGAGGCCGACAGGGACCGUGCUCAGCACAAGCUGAGCUCCCUUAAGCACCAGGUCGCCGAGGCCGAUCGGAACCUUACUGCUACUGGGGAGGUGCUGAGCGAGCUGAAGACUUCCCAUGAACACUCUGUCAGCAUCGCUCGAGCUCAAGGGGCGGAAUGGUUCGUGGGUUCGGUUACGUUUCAGGACGCCGUGGCGGUGGCGUCUACAAAUGUAACCACGGAGAUUUACAACGAGAUCCGUGGGAAGGUGCUGCAACACCGCCCGGACUUCCCAAUUGGUGAGCUGGCGUUCUUUGACGGGGAGGACCUGGACGAGCAAGGGAAGAGUCUCGCUCCCCUUGUCGAUGCCACGGUAUGGUUGAGGUGGGACCUCAACGCGAAGGGAGUGCCUGUUUGGCCUCCUCAGGUCCUUGAGGACGGGGAGGAUCCAACAAGGCUGCCCUCCUUUGACGCAUGGGUAGAGGGUGCUCCUGUAGCUGAGUAGGAGCCUUCAAGCACCCCACCCAACUCUCAG